UGAUAUAACAAGCCAUGAGUUUUCUGUGACUGUAGUUCUUGCCAGCUCCAGCCACAAAUUCGAUUCCUCUGAUUUGAUAGAACAUAGCUGGUCUUGGUGCGUCCUUGGGUUCUUCCUAAUACGUCUCAGCUCAGCUGCAAACCUGCGACGCAAUGGAUUCCAAGGCCAUGGCAGCAUUUGUGGCCAAUGAGAUUCCCCUAUUCAUGAAUCGAUCUCCUCCACAUAUGUCUCGACCAUCAGUGUGUAUCAAGUUGAUUCUGGGGUUGCUUUGGUUCAUCAUCCACUUAGCAAUCAGCCUUUUCAGUUUAUGGUCUCAUCUGAUCUAUAGUAUAGAAUGCUAUCUUAUUUCAUUUGGGCUGAUUCCAAAGUAUCGGAAAUUCCAACUGGAUAGACUCAAGUACUUGGCCGUUGUGGUAGAUAGCAGAGAAGCUAAAAAUGUUGCAAAGAUCGAUCAGCUCUUAUGUUGGCUCACAAAUAUUGGCGUAAAGUAUGUUUGUCUCUAUGAUAUUGAUGGAGUGCUGAGGAAAUCAUUUGCACCUACCAUGAAUGGCUCAAGAGAUGAGAGUUCAGGAAAUUAUCUUGAUGUGGGUGCAAAUAUGAAAGCAUUGACCUGUUGCCAUAAAGAGAUGGCUAUAGAAUAUAUUUCUGGUUCUGAUGGCAAGGAAGGGAUUGCUAAAGCAGCCAGCUUACUUUGCUCAACUUAUGUCAAAGGCAAUAGGGAUACUUGUGGAAAUGAUGAAAUAGUAUUUACAGAAGCUGACAUGUCUAGUGCAUUGAAAGCGAUAGGUUGUGGUGGACCAGAACCUGAUCUUCUUCUUGUGUAUGGCCCUGCUAGAUGCCAUUUAGGCUUUCCUGCAUGGAGAUUGCGGUAUACUGAGAUAAUGCAUAUGGGGCCGCUGAACUCAAUGAAAUAUGGCGCCAUUGUGAAAGCCUUCUAUAAAUUCUCAAAGAAAUACCAAAAUUUUGGUAAAUGAGAGCUGACAUUAAAAGAAGACCAUGAUAUGUCAUGUAGAAAAAUCCCCUCGUGGAGCUGGAAGCUUAACAAUAGUUUUUGUCCUUUUGUUAUUCAUGUUGUUGAUCACACUACUAGUAGUUAUACAAGCAAUAAUUCACAGAUAUCCACCUUGUACUUGCUUUUAGCAAUAUGUUGUAAAUGUCACUGCUGUAACAUACGGGAUAUUAUAUCCCAAAGUAAACUUGCUCCCGCGCUAUAAUGUUCAAUGAAACAAUUCUUGACCACACAA